AUGUUAGCAAGACGUAGCAUUCACAGAUUAUCGGACAUUCUACGGCGAUGUUACGCUGCAGCAGAGACCGCACAUAAUGCGACAAAAGAAUCAGUAAAUGCUGAGGAAUUACGAUUGACUUUUGCGUCACCUGUUGAGGUUUUCUUUAAUAAUACUGUAGUAAAACAAGUCGAUAUUUCUACACUGAAUGGCUCAAUUGGUAUUCUGCCAAAGCAUGUACCCGUAUUGGGAAUGCUGAAGCCUGGUGUUGUUCGAGUUGUGGACAAAGAUGAUAAAAGUAUUCAAUAUUUUGCCUCAUCUGGCACUCUUUCGAUGAAUCCAGAUGGUUCUUGUCAGGUUCUGGCAGAAGAAGCAGUCAGACUUGAGGAUAUCGAUUUAGCGAAGGCUGAAGAAGAAUUGAGCGCGGCUCAGCGACGUGUCCAAGAGACGAUGGAGAAUGAUGCACGAGCUGUGGUACAAAUUGAAAUAGAGACAUACGAAGCAUUGGUAAAAGCUGUCCAAAAUAUCGAGAAAUGA